AUGGCGGUCAGACACUUGCUACUGCUGCUAGCCAUCUUCCUUGUUUCUUUGGCUGGGAUGACAGCACACGGCGGCGAAACUUGGCCACGGGUGCCGGCGCUCAUGGUCUUCGGAGACUCGCUAGUCGACGUAGGUAACAACGACUACAUUACCAGUGUUGUCAAAGCAAACUCCCCUCCGUAUGGCCGCGACUUCAAGGACCAUGUCGCCACAGGAAGGUUCAGCAACGGCCGAUUGCUCAGUGAUAUCAUAGGUGAGAAGGUUGGGUUCAGUGGCUCUCCUCCUGCAUAUCUCAGCCCACAGGCGUCAGGGCAGAACCUUCUGAUAGGAGCCAACUUCGCAUCAGCUGGGGGUGGCUACUACGAUCCCACGGCAUUUAUGUAUCAUGUCAUCUCUUUGUCCAAACAACUCGAGUACUUCAAAGAUUACACAACAAAGCUGGCAGCGGUGGCUGGAAGCAGCCAGGCUCAGUCAAUCGUCUCGAACUCGCUCUACAUCAUUAGCGCUGGUUCAACCGACUUCGGCCUCAACUACUACGUCAACCCAUUUCUCUUCAAGAUGCUGACCGCCGACCAGUUCUCUGACCGCCUUAUGGGCAUCUUCAAUAAAACCGUGACACAACUCUACGGUAUGGGAGCACGGCGUAUCGGUGUUUUUUCCUUGCCACCGUUCGGUUGCUUACCCUUGGCGAUCACGGUGUUUGGCCACGGUAGUAGCGAGUGCGUGCCAAGGCUCAAUAACGACUUCGGGAGGUACAACAUGAUGUUAAGCGCUGCCGUGGAGUCAUUGUCGAAUCGGCACCAUGAUCUCAAGAUUGUGGUACUCGACAUCUAUAAACCUCUAUACAACCUUGCCACCUCUCCUGAAGCACAAGGGUUCUCUGAGGCGAGGCGGGCUUGCUGUGGGACAGGAACGGUGGAAACGACAGUUCUUCUAUGCAAUACCAAGUCAGUUGGCACAUGCUCGAAUGCGACGACGUAUGUGUUUUGGGACUCUCUUCACCCAUCAGAAGCGGCGAACGAAGUGAUUGUCGAUUCCCUCAAUAAGGACAUCAACCGGCUAGUCAUAUAA